CCCUGGCGCCGUCCCCGCCGCCCCCACCGCUCCGCGACCCCCGCCCGGCCCCGCGCCCCCGCCCCGGCUCCGCAGCCGGCGCCUCCCCACCCCCGUCCCUGCUCCCGCCCUCCCCGCGCCGCUCGCAGCCGCAGCCCCCGGACCGGGAGGAAUGAGCGAGCCAUGAGGCUGCUGCGGCGCUGGGCGUUCGCGGCUCUGCUGCUGCCGCUGCUCCCUCCGCCUGGUCUUGGGACCCAAGGUUCUGCUGGAGCUCUGCGAUGGGGGCGCUUACCCCAGCUGGGGGGCCCAGGAGCCCCUGAGGUCACGGAACCCAGCCGUCUGGUCAGGGAGAGCUCCGGGGGAGAGGUCCGAAAGCAGCAACUGGACACCAGGGUCCGCCAGGAGCCACCAGGGGGCCCGCCUGUCCAUCUGGCCCAGGUGAGUUUCGUCAUCCCAGCCUUCAACUCAAACUUCACCCUGGACCUGGAGCUGAACCACCACCUCCUCUCCUCGAAAUACGUGGAGCGCCACUUCAGCCGGGAGGGAACAACCCAGCACAGCACUGGGGCUGGAGACCACUGCUACUACCAGGGGAAGCUCCGGGGGAACCUGCACUCCUUCGCUGCCCUCUCCACCUGCCAGGGGCUGCAUGGGGUCUUCUCUGAUGGGAACUUGACUUACAUUGUGGAGCCCCAAGACAUGGCUGGACCUUGGGGAGCCCCUCAGGGACCCCUUCCCCACCUCAUUUACCGGACCCCUCUCCUCCCAGAUCCCCUCGGAUGCAGGGAACUAGGCUGCCUGUUUGCUGUGCCUGCCCAGUCGGCUCCUCCAAACCGGCCGAGGCUGAGAAGGAAAAGGCAGGUCCGCCGGGGCCACCCUACCGUGCACAGUGAGACCAAGUACGUGGAGCUAAUUGUGAUCAACGACCACCAGCUGUUCGAGCAGAUGCGACAGUCAGUGGUCCUCACCAGCAACUUUGCCAAGUCUGUGGUGAACCUGGCUGACGUGAUAUACAAGGAGCAGCUCAACACUCGCAUCGUCCUGGUUGCCAUGGAAACAUGGGCAGAUGGGGACAAGAUCCAGGUGCAGGAUGACCUCCUGGAGACCCUGGCCCGGCUCAUGGUCUACCGACGGGAGGGUCUGCCUGAGCCUAGCGAUGCCACCCACCUCUUCUCGGGCAGGACUUUCCAGAGCACCAGCAGCGGGGCAGCCUACGUGGGGGGCAUCUGCUCCCUGUCCCGGGGCGGGGGUGUGAACGAGUACGGCAACAUGGGGGCAAUGGCCGUGACCCUUGCCCAGACGCUGGGGCAGAACCUGGGCAUGAUGUGGAACAAACACCGGAGCUCGGCAGGGGACUGCAAGUGUCCGGACAUCUGGCUGGGCUGUAUCAUGGAGGACACUGGGUUCUACCUGCCCCGCAAGUUCUCGCGCUGCAGCAUCGACGAGUACAACCAGUUUCUGCAAGAGGGUGGUGGGAGCUGCCUCUUCAACAAGCCCCUCAAGCUCCUGGACCCCCCAGAGUGCGGGAACGGCUUUGUGGAGGCAGGGGAGGAGUGCGACUGCGGCUCGGUGCAGGAGUGCAGCCGCGCAGGUGGCAACUGCUGCAAGAAAUGCACCCUGACUCACGACGCCAUGUGCAGCGACGGGCUCUGCUGUCGGCGCUGCAAGUACGAGCCACGGGGUGUGUCCUGCCGAGAGGCCGUGAACGAGUGCGACAUCGCGGAGACCUGCACCGGGGACUCGAGCCAGUGCCCCCCUAACCUGCACAAGUUAGACGGUUACUACUGUGACCAUGAGCAGGGCCGCUGCUACGGAGGUCGCUGCAAAACCCGGGACCGGCAGUGCCAGGCUCUUUGGGGCCAUGCGGCUGCUGAUCGCUUCUGCUAUGAGAAGCUGAACGUGGAGGGGACAGAGCGUGGGAGCUGUGGGCGCAAAGGAUCGGGCUGGGUCCAGUGCAGUAAGCAGGAUGUGCUGUGUGGCUUCCUCCUCUGCGUCAACGUCUCUGGAGCUCCUCGGCUAGGGGACCUGGUAGGAGACAUCAGUAGUGUCACCUUCUACCACCAGGGCAAGGAGCUGGACUGCAGGGGAGGCCACGUGCAGCUGGCGGACGGCUCUGACCUGAGCUAUGUGGAGGAUGGCACAGCCUGCGGGCCCAACAUGCUGUGCCUGGACCAUCGCUGCCUGCCAGCCUCUGCCUUCAACUUCAGCACCUGCCCCGGCAGUGGGGAGCGCCGGAUUUGCUCCCACCACGGGGUCUGCAGCAAUGAAGGGAAGUGCAUCUGUCAGCCAGACUGGACAGGCAAAGACUGCAGUAUCCACAACCCCCUGCCCACGUCCCCACCCACGGGGGAGACAGAGAGAUAUAAAGGUCCCAGCGGCACCAACAUCAUCAUUGGCUCCAUCGCCGGGGCUGUCCUGGUUGCAGCCAUCGUCCUGGGUGGCACGGGCUGGGGAUUUAAAAACAUCCGCCGAGGAAGGUACGACCCGACCCAGCAGGGGGCAGUGUGAUGCCGGCCACGUCAUCCCUCCCGCUGUCCUUGUCUCCUCCAUCUCAUUCGUCACCCCGCGUUCUGUGGAUGGGGAACGGGGGCUGAUUCCCCCACCCCUGCUGCCAGGCUGUCCCAGCAGGGGUGGGAGAGCCUCGCUCAGGGAAGAAGGUCCCUGCUGCCCUCGCCCGCUCAGGCCACGUCCUUCUCGACUGCCCUGCUGUGGCCAGGCCCUCCCCCGCCACCAAGUGGAACUGGAGCUGUGCCCCUGGCGGUCCCCAUCCCUGGGAGGGCCCUCCCUGUGCGUCCCAUCUGUUUUGUCUUCCAUGUCACCACUGUCUGACCUCCCGCAGAUCCCUUCCCCGGCCAGCCUGUGACUUGCUGCCUGCCUCCAGGGCCCAGCACUGAGUUCCGGGGACCCUGCUGGGGGGCUCUCCCCGUGGCCCCUGCUCACGUCCUCCCCUGAUGCCCCCUCUCCGUUCCAGGUCUGGAGGGGCCUAAGUGCCACCCCCCUCCCUCCAAGCCUGGCACCCACCGUCUCGGCCCUGAACCACGAGGCUGCCCCCAUCCAGCCACGGAGGGAGGCACCAUGCAAAUGUCUUCCAGGUCCAAACCCUUCAACUCCUGGCUCCGCAGGGGUUUGGGUGGGGGCUGUGGCCCUGCCCUUGGCACCACCAGGGUGGACCAGGCCUGGAGUGCACUUCCUCCACAGUCCCCCGCCCACCUCCUGCGACUCAGCCUUGCACACCCACUCCCCCGUGUGAAUGUAGCUUCCAUCUCAUGGAUUGCCACAGCUCAACUCGGGGGGGCCUGGAGGGAUGCCCCCAGGCAGCCAUCAGUGGACCUAGCCUGGAUGGCCCCUCCUUGCAACCAGGCAGCUGAGACCAGGGUCUUACCUCUCUGGGACCUAGGGGGACGGGGCUGACAUCUACGUUUUUAAAAACUGAAUCUUAAUCCAUGAAUGUAAACUCGGGGGUGCUAGGGCCAGGGCAGAUGUGGGCAUGUUUUGACAUUUACAGGAGGGCCCGGAGAAACUGAGGUGUGGCCAUCCCCCAGACCCUCCCCCAGGAUGACCACGCCCGGAGUCCUGUCACUGAGCACAGGCAGGGGCUGGGCAUCCCAGCUUGCCCCCGCUUAGCCCCGCUGAGCUUGGAGGAAGUAUGAGUGCUGAUUCAAACCAAAGCUGCCUGUGCUGUGCCCAAGGCCUAGGUUAUGGGCACGGCAACCACAUGUCCCAGAUCGUCUUCAAUUCUAAAACAACCGUCCUGCUGUCCCUGUCAGGACGCAUGGAUUUGGGGGGGGGCGGGGUCUAGAAAAUAUAGUUCCUGAAAUAAAAUGGCACCUUCCCCCUUUCAAGAAGGGUAAUUCUGGGGCCGACUCAGGGUUUAGGUGCCCCCUGGUGUGGCCUAGAUGUCCCCGCCUGGGCCAUCUUUCUGGGGAGGACUCUUCCAGGUAGGGAAGGCCAGAGGUGGCUCAGUGCCUGGAGGGUUAGGGGCUCUGCCUGGGAUGUACAAGAGGAAGUAGGAAAGGGAAGUCUCAUGGAUGAUCCUAGGCUGCUAGAAGUCCUUAAGGCCCCAUCAAGUCCAUUCCACUCCCUACCCCCAUUCCAGGGCCGAGUAGUAAGUUUACAGAUGUUUCCCCCCAUUACUUGCCCCAACCCAUCCCUGCUGCAGCAAGCCUGAGAGCCAGGCAGAGCCAGGCACAGCUCCUCAGUCUUCUCACACAAUCCUGCCGGUGGCCUUCCCUCGUGACCCUUGCUUCGGAGGGCAGAGCUCUGGCUCCUUGACCCUAAAAGGUAGCUGGCAGGGGCAAGAUGGGGGCCAGCUACCUGACGGAUGAAAGCCACAAGUGAAUACAGUUCUUGUCACCAGGGGUGCCCUGCCCUCACUCGGCAGGGAGUUCUGACACCCCAGGGCCCAUGAACUGCCUGUUUGAGCCCCUCUGUUUCUGGGGCACCUUCGAGGAGGCGCUGUGGAGGAAAUCGCUCCCUGUUUAUUCACACCCCCCUCAGGGGCAAACAGGCCUGGGACCCGCUGACAUCAUUUUGGGUGGCUGGAUGCACCUGACAGCAGUGGGGUCCUCACAGUGAGCUCCAGCUGGCACUGCCCACUUAAGGGCUGAGUGGAGGGACCCCCCCCCCCCAGCCAGCUCUGCCCCACCAGCCCUACAAGUUGAGGCGGGGCGGGGAAAGGGCUGGGUGUCACACUAUUGCUGCGCUGCCGUAAGGCAUCUGUCCUCUGGUGGUGCACCCGUGCACACAGGUACAGUGCAUCUGGGCACAGCUUUUGGAUCCACAUCUCUGCACAAGUGUGAAUACCUCUGCACACACGGGCAUGUCUGUGUGUGCUCAUGUAUAUGGGGUAGGGAACAUGAGACUUCCUGUGACCAGUCCACCCUGGCUCCCAGCUGUCUGCAUCCUCCUGCCCCGCCCUGGCGAGUGCCUACCCUGGCAGAACCCAGGGAGGAGUGGAGGCUGCCUCUGCCUGGGCCUCCACACAGCAUCCUGUACAUAUGCCACCUGGGCUGGGGGUGGGGAGGCAAGGCCAGGAGCAUCGAUUAAAGAUCCCAUCCUGGGGCUUCCAGGGAGCUCACACCAA